GCAUUUAGAUUGAAGUUCGUUGUAAAAUAAUUGCCUGUUUUUUAUUAUUGUUUAUUUUGUAUGUAAAUGUUUGAGGACAAAUUUCCUCGUCUUCAAAAAAAAAAAGGGGUGUGUGUUCAUUACACAAUGUGAACUCUGUUUUCGGCUAGGAUUGUGAAGUGGGGUAUUCAUAGUUUGGAAUGCACACAAUGUAUUCUCUAAUAGUUGCAGCAAUCUGCAUUUUUUUUGAAGAAGUGUUGUUAAAUUAAUUUAUUUCAUUUUGAAAACGUGUGACGUACAAAUAUGUAUACGGUCUGGCUUUGUCCUAUAGUGUGGCUAGGUGGCGCCAUUUACUCUUUAAAAGUUAGUGUUGUGUUGUUCAUAAGUUGUUGUUAAUAAUAAUAAUAAUAAUAAUAAUAAUAAUAAUAAUAAUAAUAAUAAUAAUAAUAAUAAUAAUAAUAAUGUGUUGGAUGCCAAUGAUAACCACCCUGUAUUUGAUUAAUUAUCCUACAAGAUUAGUGUAAUGGAAAUUGCACCUGUGGACACUUUAGUGAUUAAACUCAAUGCUACUGAUUUAGACGAGUCACAAUCAGGACCCUUUAAACAGUAUCUUUAGUACUGAUCCAAAAACGGGUGAAAUUCGUGUUCAGGGGAACCUCGAUUUUGAACACUCAGCUGUUUAUGAGCUGGAAAUACCAGCACAUGACCUGGGCUCCCCCACAAUGGUAAAACACUGCAUUGUGACAGUGGACAUCAUAGAUGUGAAUGGCAAUGCUGCAGAGGUUGUACUCACCUCUCUCGGUUAUUUUCUUUCUGACUUUAUUUGCCUUUAUUCGCCAGGAAUGAUGGACAGUGCUAUGUAACUGUCGCUGCAGAAAGCAGAGGAAUCUGAAGGGUUUAUAUAAGUAUGUCGGUGGCAAUUUUCAUUCCCAGUAUAAUAUUGACGGACCUGUACAGUACGUGGGGGGAGGUGGCAUACCUUCCCAAACACAGUGCUACAGAGCUUGUUUCUCCCCUGUUUCUGACAGGAGUGCAUUUAUGUUUGUUAAGUCUUUGAGUUCACCCGUGGACAAUAUCAGCUCCCCUAGUGUCAAUAAUUGGAACACUCUUAAACAAAACGAGGUGAGGAUAUAAAGCCCCAGAUUGCUUUUAUGUAUUAUUAUUAUUAUUAUUAUUAUUAUUAUUAUUAUUAUUAUUAUUAUUAUUAUGAUACAGUAUGCUAAGGUGAAUAAAUGUUGAAAUACAGUAGCCUAUAUUUAAUAUAUCUGUGCUCAGUAGCACAGUUAUAAAUUGUAAAACAACAUUUGUAGCAUUAGUAGUAGUAGUAGUAGUCGUAGUAGUAGUAUUUUAAACAUGCUUUAGUAUCAUGUUAAUAAUAAUAAUAAUAAUAAUAAUAAUAAUAAUAAUAAUGUGUUUGGUGAUGAUUUUACUUUUAACGUCAAAUACAGAGCAAUGCUAUGAGUUCGAUUUGAACAGACCAUUGUUUCUAUUGAGAGGUCCAGCAUGCCUUCACUGUGACACCUGGUGGCGAUGUUUAAUUACUCAGUUUCAUUCAACCACAAUUGUUUUGGAGGCACUUAUCAUCCAAUGGUAAAAGCUAAAUUAAAUAACAUGUUCCUGUCUUGGUAUUAUACAUGAUAUUAUUUAUUUAUUUAUUAUUAUUAUUAUUAUUAUUAUUAUUAUUAUUAUUAUUAUUAUUAUUAUUAUUAUUAUUAUUAUUAUUAUUUAUCCAAGGCAUUUUGAAACAAAGUUCCUUUUUCAUACAGCCAAAUAUGCAUAUUAGUAUUUGUUGUUAUUGUUGUUUAAAUUGUCAGAAGUGAUUGAACCAUUUCCUUUGUCGCAUUUGCGACAGUUAAAUACAUUAUGUAAGGCUUGAAUAUGCAGAAAAUGCGGUUUGUAAAUCAGCAUCGACCUCCUGCAAUUCAGGCGUGCAAUUCAUUCUUUCUGCAGGCAGUCUAUUCCUUUAAGAUAUUCUGUAACAGCUAUUGGAGGAAAUGCGUGGCGCUGUCCACCAAUAAGGUGCUGGAUUCUGUUCAGCGAUCAACUCCCCCGCCCCUUGCAAAGCAGCGUAACCCCUCAGUGCUUGGAAUUACAUGUGAGACGAGAUGGAUUUCUGUUUUCCUUUUUUAUUUUAUUUUUCCAAAAUCAGCGCGUUAUAGUGUCUUUUUAACGAGUAAUGGCUGUUUUCUGCGAAUUAGUGUUCUUACUGCUGGCAGUGGCUGCUUGACAAGACUCCAUGAAUUUAUAAAUACAUGUUAAGCUGUACAUUUGGUCUGACGAACUGGAUUUUUUUUUUUUUCGACAAUGGAAAGCAGAAAAAGGAAACGAGCUUUGCACUGGCAAGUAUUGUGUUUCUGUGUUUCCUGUCAUUGGAUUUGUGCUUACGGACAGCUUAAAUAUUCCGUCCCAGAAGAAUUAAACACGGGUGCUUUUGUUGGAAAUAUUGCAAAAGAUUUAGGACUGGAUGUAGCGAAGAUUUCUGAACGCAACCUGCGAGUUGUCUCUGAUUCCAGUGUGCAGUAUUUCGAGGUGAGCUCGGAGAGCGGAGCUUUGGUUAUUAAAGAUAAAAUAGACAGAGAACGGAUAUGUGGGUUAAGCUUAACCUGUUCCCUGCACCUUCAGUUCGUGCUUCAAAACCCUUUGGAAAUGUACCGAGUUGAAGUGCAGAUACUGGAUGUGAAUGACAACGCACCUCAAUUCCCAACCAAAAAUAUAUCGUUGGAGAUAUCAGAAGCUGCUACACCGGGCUCUCGUGUUCGCCUCGAGAUUGCUCAGGAUCCCGAUGUGGGCUCGAAUGCUUUGCGUACUUACCAGCUUACCCGUAAUGAUUAUUUUGUUUUAAGUGUACAAACACGAAGUGAUGGUACUAAACUACCAGAGCUGGUCAUAGAGAAAGCUCUCGAUAGGGAACAACACUCCAUAUAUAAUUUACAGCUGACAGCCUUUGACGGAGGAACACCAGAGAAAUCUGGAACUACAAAAGUUAUUAUUAAGAUUCUUGAUGUUAAUGACAAUAUACCUCGAUUUAACAGCCCAGUAUAUAAGGUUAGCCUUAUGGAAAACACACCUAUUGGUAAAUUAUUGGUACAACUAAAUGCAUCGGAUCUGGAUGAUGGUCAGAAUGGGGAGAUAUAUUAUUCUUUCAGUAAACACACGCCAGAAACCGUGCGUCGACUAUUCAGUGUGAACUCAGAAACAGGUGAAAUUAGGGUAAAUGGGUUGAUAGAUUUUGAGGAUGCAAGCUUUUAUGAGAUUGAUGUGCAAGCCAGAGAUAAAGGAAUCCCUGCUUCGGAAGGAUCUUGUAACAUUAAAGUGGAAGUGAUUGAUGUGAAUGAUAAUGCUCCAGAGGUGACAAUAACAUCCCUGUCCAGUCCUGUUGUAGAGAAUGCUUUACCUGGAACUGUAAUUGCACUCAUUAGUGUAAGGGAUCGGGACUCAGGGCAAAAUGGGGAGGUGCUUAUGCAGAUACCUGAAAGCAUACCAUUUAAAUUACAGUCUUCCUUUCAGGGCCACUACUCCUUGAUAACUGAUGGUCCCCUGGAUCGUGAAACAGUUCCUGAAUACAACAUCACAGUCACAGCCACUGAUUCGGGUUCCCCUCCACUAUCCUCUAGUAUAAUCCUGCCUGUCAGUAUUUCAGAUGUCAAUGACAAUGCUCCAGUGUUUUCUCAACCUUCAUAUACAGUCCACAUACAAGAAAACAAUGCCCCCGGAGCCACUAUUUGUUCUGUAACAGCAUUUGAUGCUGAUGUGGGCAAAAACUCCCAGCUUUCCUAUUCUGUCUUGGACAGCACAAUCCAAGGAACAUCUGUGUCCUCUUAUGUGUACAUUAACUCGGAGAAUGGGAACAUUUACUCUAUGCGCUCCUUUGACUAUGAGCAGAUUAAAGUUUUCCAAAUCCAUGUGCAGGUAAAAGAUGCUGGCAUACCUUCACUGAGCUCUAACGUGACAGUGCAUGUAUUUGUCUUGGACCUAAAUGACAAUGCCCCUGCAGUGGUGUAUCCGUCUUUCCCGAAAGGCUCAGCUCUGCAGCUUACAGUCCCUCGCUCUGCUGAGGCAGGCUACCUUAUAACCAAGAUAGUAGCUGUUGAUCCUGACAGUGGCCAUAAUGCAUGGCUUUCCUACAGCAUUCCACAAAGCAAAGACACUGGCCUGUUCCGUGUGGCGACUUACACUGGGGAAAUAAGGACUGUGCGUAAAUUACAAGAUCUGGAUGAGGCCAUUCAGAAUCUUGUCAUUGUAGUGAAAGACAAUGGGGUGCCCCCACUCUCUUCCUCCGUGCUUAUCGACAUAGCUGUAGAAGAAAAUGGCUCAGAGACUUCCUCUGAAUUCAGGGACACGUCUGCAAAGCAAAACGGCAUGUCUGCUAUAACCCUGUAUUUGAUAAUCGCUCUAGCUUCCGUCUCUGCUCUUUCAUUCCUGGCGUUCGUAAUCCUCAUUGUGAAGUGCCUGAGACAGAGCAGGGGCCACAGUGGUUGUUUGGGCUGCUGUUGCAGUAGCAAGCAGAGCCUGCGUUCCAGGGAAGCUUUUCAAAGAUCCCAGAAAAGCCUUCAUUUGCAACUCAACCCUGACGGGCCAAUCAAAUAUGUGGAAGUGGUUGGGGGUUCGAUGGAGUCCCAGAAUCAAUACUAUAGGUCAUGUCUCUCUCCGGUGUCUGACAGAAGUGACUUAAUGUUCAUCCAAACUUGUAGCCCAUCUACACCCAUGGGUAAUACCAACACCAUUGACAUGUCUCUGUCUAGCAGUAACUUAAUUAAUACAGCCUGCGAGCAAAAACCAGCAAAUACUGACUGGCGUUUCUCCCAAGGACAGAGACCUGGACCAAGCGGCUCUCAGCGCCCAGAGGAAGCUGGACCCUGGCCAAACCCCCCGACUGAAGCAGAGCAACUGCAAGCUUUGAUGGCUGCAGCUAAUGAAGUGAGUGCAGCGACAGCAACGCUUGAUGCUGGCACCAUGGGCCUGAGCACCCGGUACAGUCCUCAGUUCACCCUGCAGCACGUCCCAGACUACAGGCAGAAUGUUUACAUCCCGGGCAGCACCUCCACACUGACAGGCAGCAACUCCCAGGCAGAGGGGAAGAACCCCCAGCCGUCCUCCGGAAACAAGAAGAAAUCUGGGAAAAAAGAGAAGAAGUAACGGAGUUCACCGUAGAGCUCGCUGGCUGUGAACGAUCUCUUCCAGUUCACCGUCUCCCAAAGUGAUACAUUCUGUUUUUGUUUUGUUUUGUUUUUUUACUGUUAACUCAGAUUGUUAGCAGCUUCAGUUGUUAUUAAUGACUUUGAUCAUGAAUGUGUUUGUCACAAUUUUUGUUUGUAUUGGAGUUCCUAUCGUGUGACUACGUUGUUAUUGAAAUAUAACACAAAAGUUCAACGUAGAGGUAUUGUUCCUUAAGAUUAAUAAGGUUUAAAAAGAAAACAAAAGAAAAGAAAAAGGUUUAUGGUUUGAUCCAUUCGAUGAAUCCUGUUGGGUUUUAAAGUUUAAUUGUAAAAUACAAAUGGGGACUUCAGGGCUUUGCCCUAUAAUAUAGUACUAGUAUGACUAUUACUAAUUUACUUAAUGUGUCACAUUAAAGUUUGUGUAGGACUCUUAAAAAUGCUUAGGAAUUGAUUAAUGGGGAAAGAUGUAGAAAUGGCUAAUUUGAAUUAAAGUAGUUUUUUUUUUUGAGUAUCAGAAUUGUGAAUUUUUCAGUAGCUGUUAGUUAUAAUGUAGACUGUAUUUGCAUGAUGUGUUUCUUAUCUAAAGAAACAAAAAGACAAAGUUAAACUAUGCAUUGAAUGAACAAUACAGUGUUAGACUGGCACCCGGUGAACUAAACACACUGUUAGCAAAAGUAAAAGUGCAAGUUACUUUAUAAAUGGUAACAUUAGUGUAUAACCAAAAUAAUCUCAGUUUCAAUAAUACAGUUAGUAUAAGAGAAAUCCUGUUUUGAAUUGAAAGUCUGUGUGACUUCUAACUUGGCUUCCGCAUUUCAAGGUGCUCCCAAACUAGUCAGAGUGCAGAUGUCAGUUCUUGUGUUAAAUGUACUAAUCCAUUGGGAGUUUAGAUGCCUGCUCAGCACUGAUAAAAUAAUGAGGACCUGCCAGCAAGCAUCCUUGAGGAUAUGACCUUGCUGACCUCGAAAAUGAAGAAAUGUAAGGCUUUGCAUUUCCCACACACUAUAUUGCUUGCAUGAAACUCCCAUCACUUUUGUGAUACUCUGUAACAAUGCUUCGCUUCACGAAAUCUUUGCUAUGCAUUGCAUGUGAAAAAUAAAAAAAUAAACUGCAUGUGAAGGCAGCUUCGGUAUAUAGGCAAGUAGAAACAGCAGGAGCCUCCUGGCUUGGUUUCAGUACAUAGUGGGGGGGGAUGGAAAUAGAAGGAAUCGGGUAAAGAUUUGGUAAUCAGGCACUGCACGCUGAAUGUAGAUUAUUUUCACAGGUGAAAGGGUAUUCUCAGUUUAGUGCAGAUACAGAAAGUGUACUAGUGAAGCUAUCGCCGUAUUGAGUACAGCAUCAGUGUUAUCUCUUAGUACAGUCUUCAUGCAUAUUGGCUUUGGGGCUGUUGGCGUCUGUUUACAAAAUCAGCAAGUUGGAUAAAGUCACUGAACACUGACUGUAUAUUCAGAUCUGGCCAAUACAGAAUCGACUCCUGGUCUACCAGGUUAUAUGAGAGCACUGUACAGAAGCUGAGAGGCCAUAUAUAUUUACUGGCAACUGGAUAUUGACAAGACGCUUAUUGAUACUGAGACACUAGUUUCUGUGUUUUUGAUUGUUGGUUUUGACCUGGACAUUGCAUAUAAACUUACUAAUGAUAUUUAUAUAACCAAUAUGUUUGAUUUGGGGUAAUUGGAUGUUAAUUUCUUUAAAAAAUAAAAAAUAAAAAAUAAAGUAUUAUAAUUCGCUGCUCCUAACAUACAUGCCCAAUGUGUAUAUGACCAAAACCUGUACGCUUCAGAGAAAAAGCACCCCCCCCCCCCGUGGUUGUGGCUACUACUGGAAUGUUUUGCAUAUUAUUAUUUUUUUUUUUUUUUUUUUAAGUUUAAAUAUUGCAUCUGACCAAGUAUAGUCAUGUAGCUUCUGAUCAUUUAAAAUCACUAAAUUAAAUAAUAAUAAUACAAAAACACAGUAGAGUAGAAAGUAGUUUGUGAAAAGUGAUGUGCAAAUCUUUGUGUUUUCUCUAUUUUAUCAACAAGUACUAAAAAAAAAAAAUGUUUGUGUAACUUUUUAUAUGUGUUUGUGAUUUAUAAGUGUUUGUGCUGCUGGAAUGCUCCUGUCUUAUAUAUAAAUAAAUAUAUAUAUAUGUGUCUGCUGAUGAAUUUUGCUUAUAUAUUAUACUUAAAUAUCUUUCUAAUAAACGCAUAGUUCAGUGCUAUUCUGUGUUACACCCAUAUUUUAUAUGCUGAUAUUUAUAUUGCUGUUUUAUUUUCUCUUUGAACACAGACAUUUCAAAUAAAAAAAAAAACCUUCUGAAAUCA